AUGGAGUUCGACGACGAAAUGGGCUACGGCGUAGCAGGACCAAGCUCAUCGCGGUCCAACAGUCGCCCGCCACACCGGGCACGCUGUCAACCACCACAGGAAUCAGUCAAGCAGUUCUGGGAACAGUUCAAUACCAAAUACCCAGGCAAAGUAUUCACAGUGCUACCGGAUAAUCCAUACGCACGAACGCGGGCCCAACGUGUGCCCAUCGGUCGUAUUCACGGCCACGCAGCCGUCAAAUCGUACGAACAGGCGAAGCGAGAAUGCGAGAAAUCCGUCGAUCGGAUUGUUAAGGAGUGUGAGCGUGUGAACCAGAAAUAUAGCGACCCGCACUUUGAUAUUGAGCUCGACUUGAAGUCUGGUCGGCGGCAUUAUCUCGAUGGAUUGGAUAAACCAAAUUCGGAGAUGAGACCUCGGGGUGUCAAGCGAGUUACGGAUAUCUUUGAGAAGCCACAAUUCUUUGUCAACGGGCCAACGGCGUCAGAUGUACGCCAAGGAUAUGAUGGCGACUGCUGGCUUAUGGCUGCGUUGUGCACCAUGGGCAACAAAGAAAUGCUGAUUGAGAAAAUAUGUGUUGCUCGUAAUCAGGAAAUCGGGAUCUACGGAUUUGUCUUUUACCGAGACGGCGAGUGGCAACAAUGUAUUGUGGAUGACAAGCUCUACCUCCGCGCUGCAGACUAUGAUGAGUCGGUAGACGAACGGCCGCUUUGGGACGAUAUCAAUCGAACAGAUACGGAAGAAGAGUACCGACGAGUCUGGCAAACAGGCUCGCGGGCACUGUACUUCGCACAGUGCGUGGAUGAUAACGAGACAUGGCUCCCUCUUUUGGAAAAGGCUUUCGCCAAGGCCCACGGGGAUUAUUCCGCCAUUGAGGGCGGCUUCGUUGGUGAAGCUAUCGAAGAUCUCACUGGUGGUGUCACAUCAGAGGUUUUAUCCAGCAACAUUUUGAACAAGGAUCGCUUUUGGACCGAGGAGCUUAUGAAGGUCAACGAAGAGUUUUUGUUUGGCUGCGGCACUGGCUUGUUCUCCAACUGGCUGGAUCCUCAAUAUCGGGGACCUCCUCGAGAUCGCAAGGGUAUUUCGGAGCAGCACUCUUAUUCCAUUAUGGAAGCAAAGGAGAUCAGGGGUUACCGGCUGUUGAGACUCAGGAACCCAUGGGGUAAGAAAGAAUGGCAUGGUGCCUGGGGUGACGGAUCUAAAGAAUGGACGGCCGAGUGGAUGGAGAUCCUAGGGCAUAAAUUCGGCAAUGAUGGAUUCUUUUGGAUCGACUAUAAAGAUCUUCUUCGAAAGUACCAGCACUUUGACCGGACUCGCCUGUUCGGACCUGAGUGGAAUAUCGCCCAGCAAUGGACCACGUUAAACGUUCCCUGGUCAGCAGAUUACCACAGUACCAAGUUUAUAAUGGAUGUCACCACGAGUGGUCCAGUAGUUAUCGUCUUAUCCCAGCUUGAUACUCGCUACUUUAAGGGACUUGUGGGCGAGUACAGCUUUGUACUGAAGUUCCGCUUACAGAAAGAAGGCGACGAAGAUUAUUUGGUGCGCAGCCAUAGCAGCCAUUUCAUGGGACGAUCUGUCAAUGCAGAAAUCAAUCUCGACCCAGGCCGCUAUCAUGUUCUCAUGAAGAUCACAGCUUUCCGCCACGAGGAUGUGGAAUCCACUGAACAGAUCGUUCGCCAAGUUGCCGCUACAAGAAGAGAAAAGCUCGUGCAAGUGGGUCUUUCUUAUGAUCUCGCGCACGCCAAAGGACUAGUUGGAGAGACCGAACAAGAAAGGCGCGACAAUGAAAAAGCCAAGGCUGUAGAGCGAAGAAAGCUGCGUGACCAGACCAAGAAAAGGAUGCAGAAAGAUUGGAUUCGCCGCCAGAAGCUAUCUGCUCGAGAAGAGCGCAUGGAUGUAGGUCGUUCAGGUCGUGCCCCUAACGGGGGCUCAUAUGAUCGCAAUUCUGGGCGCGUUGUCCCCGAACAGAUCAUCGGUGAGAAACCAGUCGAGGAGUCUCCUGUGGACGUUACAAGUGUCUCUAGUGAUAACAGUGAACGCCGAGGGCCGAACACAAACGGCUCCGUCCCGACCAUACACGUCAAUGGCGGCGAGGGCCUGCACGCAAAGCAUGCGAGUAGUGGCUGGCGACGAGGUGCUGAGUCCCCACGCCCCAGUCUGGAGACUCGCCUUGCUACCGACAUGCUGGAUACUAGUGACUUGGACUUGCUGGAAGGAUUUGAGUUCGACAGCGAUAUCGACAUGCCGCCCACCGAGUCAGAUAUGAAAAUGCAGCCUCCCAUGAUAGAUCCAAAUGAGCCAUCUGUUGACCCGUGGAAUGCAGUGUGCGUAGUCGGUCUGCGGGUCUAUUCUAAGGAUGUUAUGCUGAGCUUGCAGGUUGUCCGUCCGGUUUUGGAUCAUAGUACUGAAGCUCCUCUUGAUCGGGAUGAUCCUGCGGCAUCAGCGACUAUUCAUCAGAGAGAUUCAUACUCGUGGAGGGACUCUUGGAGCAGUCAGCUUCCUAUUUAG